UCCACCACACUGUCCCAGUCUGGCGUACCAAAACAAAUCCUCCAUCCUUCCGUGCAAUGCGAUCCCGCACCGCCUUCCGGCUCUCUCAGCAAGUUUGUGUGAGCCAGUCUGUGAUCAUAGAAAUACUACAGUUAAUGGACGGUGUGAGGAAUGACGUCCUGGUGUGAUUUAAGCUGGAAAAAGCACGCAAAUAACGACGGCGGAGCCGAACAUUAAUCCGCGAUCAACAGGACGCUCUCCCCGGUCUAUCCUGACCGCGGACAGCGAGGUUUGGUUGAGCUCAGAGCCCAAACAGAUCACACACAGGUGGGACGGACAGACAGACGGAGGUUUGAAGUUGACAAAAAGAGUCUGGCUCCGCCUCCUCUCCAUGAUAUGACAUCACUCUGCGGUUACCACAGAAACCAGGGCUCCACUGCAGACGGUUGACAGCCAGGCAGGUGGUCCAAUGGCUGCCCAGGUUGAGGUUGAUACUGGGCGGCCAUGUGUGGUCGGGAGUCGUCUGCACCUUAGUGCUCUCAUAGACUCUAGCACCACGAGCUUAAUGGAGAGUUCAGGUGCCCCCCAGGGGCCACUUAUUAAUGUCUCGGAGCCUAGCAAACCUGUCCUGGGCCCCAAGCCCAGACUUACUCCGAAACCAUACACUGUGGAAAAAAAUCCUUCUAUACGCCCCAUUCUUGCUCCCAAACCACAUCCAAAACCUAGGUCUGAGUCCACUCGACCAGUUUCCUACAAGCCAGACCUACCCAGCACACCUAAACCUCAGCCAGCCAGUAAACCUAGUCUGCCAUCUGCCUCUAAAAUGGGCCCCAAGCCCAGCGGACAAACAAACAAACUUGUGGCACAACCCUUUAAACCAGCACCUACUAUUGCCUCUGUGGAUUCCAACAAGUCUAGAACCUCUUAUUCUGGAGCCAUGCUAAGAAGAACAAGUUUUGGAAACAAAACCGAUAGUCAUGCCUCCACUCCUGGUGCUGAAUGGCCAUUUUUAUCUCGGAAAAAGCAGUCUGGCCCUUCAAUCACUCGUGCUAAAUCAUUAGGUUUCUUAUCAGAGAUUGGACUCAAUUAUGAGGACUGUAAAGAGGAGACUGGUGCCAAGGAUGAAAACUCUCCAACUGUUCUUCGGCCCCAAACUAAAGGUUCCAGACCAAGACCAGUUUCAGCUGUGUUUCUUCAAAACUCUGCACAGUCUGAGCCUCAGGUUAUACCCCCUACACCUGCUCCUCGUUGGGGAAAAGCACGACCCCUUUCAUCUGACCUUACCUCAAAGUUUGAGUCAAUUGGUCUUUCCCUAAACCGGCGAGCAGCCCAAGAGGAUGGGAAAGAAAACACUCCUGAAACACCAGAGGCUGUUAAAGUUGUACCUCAAGAGAAACAAUAUGGUGCUGAUGGGGCGGAAAUGCUAAAAAAGGCCUCUUUGCCAGAGAAUAGGACUCAGAAGAUAAAUCUGAAAGAUGAGGACUCCGGAAAGGACCCUAAAGCUGAGGAUACAGGAGGUAGCAUUAUAAAGAGACGCAUCAGCCUGCUCUUGGACUCUUCUUCCUCAUCCUUCUCAACUGUGCGUGUAGAUAUGUCAGGGACGGAACCUCUUUCACCUGGGCUUUCUCUCUCUGAAACUGAUGGAGCAAUGGGAGUAAAACAGCGAGUCAAAGAAUUGAACGAUGAAGUACCUACUACACUGUCACAACCCCAGAAGCCACAAUAUAAGCCACGGAACCCAAUAUCCGACCGCACUAAAAAAUUUCAAAUAGAGCUCGAAGGCCCUAAUUCCAGUGAGUCCAAAGGCCCCCAGCAGGUUGAAGAUCUAAACAAAAAGUUUGAUUUCUCUACAACUGAAGGACAAUUCAACAGACAGGAGGUCAAGAAAGUAUCAACAAGUGUUCAGGACUUGCCUACACUGUCCACUUUUGGCAGUGAUGGAGUCCAAACAGUACGAGCGUCCAUGUUUGAGAAUGUGGUGGAAAGGCACAAUGUUCAAGUGAUGGAGGAUAACCCUUUACAAGGCCCUAGAGCACACCGGGAAAGCACAAUUAAACCCAUGCCCAGACGAAACCACUCUUUGCGGAUUCAAGACAGUGCCUUUAAUGCUUCUGAAGAUGAUGAUCCUGGUAGCUUGGUCAAAGCGACCUAUAGAGAACAAGUUUCUCCUUCUAGCCCUGUACGUGUGGAGCAUGUCUUUGACACUGUGGCUUUGUCUGGAGAGAGUCGUGCUGUAAGUGAGGCUUUGCCAACUGCUCAACUUGAGGACAGAGCACUUACCCUACGUUCACGGCGAUCAGCUCCUCAAGUGGAAAAGGGAAAACCUACCCAUGAGAUUACUAAUUAUCUGAAGGAUGAUGCAACCAUGCCACGUUACCUCAGAGUUGGGGCACUACAGAAAUGGAAUGCCACAGAGACGGAUAUAGAGUUUGAAGCUGAGAGGGAGCGACAGAAAGAGAUGGUAAAAAAUAUGGAAGAAGAAAUAAGGAGACAAACGGAAUUGCACAUUGCUGCAGCAGCAGCACUCGAGGAAGAAGAGAAAGAGAGCAAAGCAGAAAGGAAGAAAUGGUCAGAAGCACAAAGAGACAUGGAAAGGGAACGAGAGGAAGUUGCAGCACCCAAAAGGCCUAAGAUGCUAGAUGCAGAAGACCAGACGAACAAACCUAGAGCCACUUACUUUGCUCUGACUGGUCAGAUUCAGGAGCCUGUUUAUCAAGGUGAGCGAGUGCAGGAGGAAGCAGUCUUCAGGAGAGGUAUACACAGAGAAGUGGGUGAAGAGGCCAGUGGCAUAAAUCAUGAGGUUCCAUUUGAUGACUUCGCUAUUAGGUCAGGGCAGUGGAGUCCACAGAUUUCAAUUGCUCCAUUUAGAAGAAAUCCUUCAUUAGAUGCAGCAAUGCAGAGGGAUUCGCUGGAGAAUAAAAAUGAAGCAGGACCAAUAACAGAUACCAAAUUACAAGAAAGGGAACGGCAGAAAGCAGUUAGGGAAGGAUUUGAAAUAGACAGACAAAUGAUAGCAGAAAUUGAAAAAGAAAAAGAGUUAGAAAGGCAGCGAGAAAUGAAGAGACAACGAGACUUGGAGAUAGAGAAACAAAGCAAAAUUGAAAGAGAGAAAAGGAGGGAGGCUGAAAUACAGAAAGAAAAAGAAAGGCAAAAGGAGUUGGAAAGACAGAGAGAGCAAGAGAGGGAGAGACAGAGACAGAUAGAGAGACAAAGAGAAAUUGAACGUCAGAAACUGAAGCAAAUUGAAUAUGAGCGAAUGAAGGCUGCAGAAAGAGAACUUGAACAGCAGAGAGAGUUUGAGAGGCAACGGCAAAAAGAGUUUGAGCGGGAAAAAGAGAGAAUGCUUGAGCAAGAGAGGCUUAGGCUUAGAGAAUUUGAAAAACAGAAGGAGAUUGAGAAAGAAAGGGAGAGACAGCUGGAGUUGGAGAGACAGAGGGAAAUUGAAAGACAAAAACAAAGAGAACUGGAAAAACAAAGAGAGAUAGAGAGGCAAAAGGAGAUCGAAAGACAGCGAGAAUUGCAGAGGCAGCGAGAGCUGGAGAAACAAAAAGAGCAGGAAAGGGAAAAACAGAGACACUUAGAAAGGCAGAAAGAAUUGGACAGGCAAAGGGAACUUGAAAGGCAACGAGAAUUGGAGAGACAGCUUGAGAUUGAAAGACAGAAGGAGAUUGAAAAGCAGAAAGAAUUUGAAAGACAGAAGCAGAUGGACCUGGAUAUUGAGAGAUGGACUCGACAAAAAGCAGAGGAGAGGGAGGCGAAGAAAGAACUAGAGGAACUUGAGAGGAUCAAGGAGCUUGAGAAACAACAGCUUCUUGAUUUUGAGUCACAGAGAAUACGGGAAAGGCCACUCCAGCAAGACCAAGUGAGACAAAGAUCAAAAAAAGAACGGGAUGAAAAACAACAUCAGGUUGAAUGGCACAAAGGAACAGAACACCGGAAAGAGAUGGAACAAGAGAUGGCAAAGCCUACAUCUCCACUACGACCCAAAGUUUUAGAUCUGGAUGCUGUGUCUCUGGGUGUUAGGACUGCUCGGGACAGUCAUGAUAACAGCCCCACUGCUCGAUGGAAGCAGCCCACACUUCGUCCUGAUGAAAUUUACAAACCAGGUAUAUUAGACAUUGACUCGUUUAAGAGCCAAGCCCAAUCUAAUAUCUUCCCUCUAACUGGAUUUGUAAGUGUAGAGUCUGGAAUAGGUGGUUCCAUGACACAAGCUCGUCCUCAGGCCACGCAAACGAACAUUCUCCAUUCUCAAGCAGCAUCUCAAGUUCAGUUUCCUCCUCAUCCCCAGUUCUACCCUCAGUCCCAGACUUACUUCCAGCCCUCCCCAACAGAACGUAUGAGAACUCAACUCCCUCCACCUCUGCAACCCCAAGUUCUGCACCAAACCCAACCUAUGUCAAACGCAUAUGCUACAGAAAAACCUAGGCCACAACCUCACUCAUUAAUUGACACCUCAGAUUGGGCCUUUGGCGCUCAGCAAUCCAUCUCAGCUUUGCCACCUGAUCAAACCAGUGUUUGGGCUCAUUCUGAAACAGAGUUGACUGUAGAUGAACCUCUUUGGGUAUCACCCAUGGAGGGAUCCAGAAGGCCAAUUAGCACCAGACCAGGUGGUUUUGAGCAACAAUUUUUGCGGCCAGAGGAUAGAGGUUUAAGUAACAUUUUGGCGCCCAGUUCAACCUCUUGCAUGGGUCCAAUCUUUACUCCUGUACAGUAUUCCACUCUUGCACCACCCAUGGUUCAAAUUCAAACCCCUAUGAUGACUGCACAACCAAAUCUUGGACCCAGUGCAGCACCUAUACUGGCUCCAGAGAGAUGCUGGACCUCAGUACCUUUAAAUGUAGGGUCAAUUGGAGAUUCAGUUUCUUCUCCCCCAACACCAUUAUCUAGAAAAGAAACUUCAAGACCCAGAAGUCAAGCCUCAGCCCUGUCUGUUUCUGAUCCUAUAUGGACUCCAAACUGGGAGCUGGCUUCCCAGGGACAGAGAGAGAACCGUACCUCACACAGGGACAAAGUACAGCAGAAACGUUCAAGGAGUAUGUGUCGAAGAUCUGCCCCAACAGAAAGCUCUGCCGAUGGUCCGGUUGCCCAUGUGAGAACUCGCAGAAGUCGCAGUGCACACAAAGAAAGAGAUGGAGAAAGAUCGGAGCUUAUAAAGCAGAGCGUUGGAGGAAAGGAGGAAAAUAAAGACACAGACAAUCUGGUGCAGGAGACUGACAGUCAAUACGGCACGUGGGAGACUGGACUUCACACAGAUGACAGCCUCACUCCAGCUACACCUUCAUCAGAAGGGAACCUCACUCCUUCUCCACGAAAGUCCACUCCACCACACACGGCUGACCAACCCCUUCUCAUCGACACUCCAGAUGGCUCAACCACAUCACCUCAAAAGCAGACAGAGCUUCUGUUCCCUGAGACCUCCACAGCAUUGUUAGACACCAGUGUGCUGCGUGGCAGGGUCAGACUGAACCAGAAGAGCACUCGCAGAGCUCCACCAUCUCGAGCCGCCCGUCACAGUGCCCUCCUAACACAAGUACCAGAGGGACCCAGAGACGAUGAAUGGCGCUUCAGGGACUCAACAGAGGAGAAAGCUGACUCUUUUAAGGAGGCGGAAGAGUCGGAUUCUGAGGAGCAGGCCAAGGGAAUCGAGACCCGCACUUCCUCCAUGUCUCAGCCUCAGAGAGUGGCUCUUUUCCCUGGCAUGGACCCGUCUGCUUUAAAGGCUCAGCUAAAGAAAAGAGGAGAUUCAGACAAUCAGACAGACGGCCCUUCCCCUUCUCAGCUCUCACGCUCACCCAAAUCUCCAUUCUUGCCUCGAGCUGCUCCUCGUGUGCUGCCUCCUGCUGGUGGCAAGGAGAACGGAGAAGAGUCUUCUCCUCAGUGGCUGAAAGAACUAAAGACUAAAAAACGCCUGAGUCAGUAUGAACCCGACAGUACAGCCUGAACAAGCAGGAUGCCUUAUAACUGCAGUAUCUGUAGCUAUAACUCAUGACAGAAGCCUUAACCUUUGACCUGGAGUUGACCGGAAUUCUGCUGCUGACGACUACGACAUCUUUCCGUUUCGUUGUUCAUUUUUCUGGCCUUCUCCUCCAGUCGUGUACAUGUGCAUGGUGCCUUUCUGAGUGGACGUUAAUGGCGAAGCGUGAAGCGCGUGUCCAUGUAUGUGUCGUCCGCUUUCUCUUAAGCUCUUCUUCACACCAGAGAAAAUUAUUUUUGCAUAGAGACACUUUAACCUCUAGAGAGCGAGAGAUCAUCCUUUAUUGUGGAAACAUGGGACCACGCUCACCAACAAGCAACCCGAAGUGCUUCAUGUAACUGGAGUAUGACGUUGGUUAUUUUUACCUAAUUAUGUUCAUAUUAGUCGCUUCCUUUGUUUUGUUUGUUUUCAUUCAGAUGGGUUAUAGGCAUCAGUUGCACUUGCGUUCCCAUAGAUGAUUUUUAACAGUCCACAAAUCAACGCUGAGCUCGUGUGUAUAGAAAGUGUAUUUAGUUACGACAAAUGUUUAAAAGUGUAAUCGAAUCGUUAUAUUUGUAAUAAUGUCGGUUUGAAAGAAGACAAUUGUAAAUGUUUAAUGAUGAUCAAACAAAUGAAACGCUUCAGAGGUGUGUGUUGAAAGUUGUUUGGAUGGAUUGGUGAAUGAAUGAUUGAAUUAUUUUAUUGUUCGUCUUAUAACGCAUACAUUUUAUUUAGAUUUGGGAUGUUUGGACAUGAAAAGGUUUGUUUGAUGACGGAAAAUGUAUUGUUUGUUUAGACGAUUCCAUCCCGUUGUCAGUUGAAACUAUAAUUUCAUGUUUGGAAAAUUGCGCAUGUACAAUCAGUCGUUCCCUAUUCCACUUGUAUCCCAAUACUUGCUUUAACAACGGGCCAAAAAUGAGAAUUGCACAAUCAGCAUAUAAAUCAUCCCUGACUAUGUAAUAAUGGACGAAUACAAAGGGAAAAUUUUUCAGUUUUGGUUACAUGUGUCUUUGUGUUUACUAGUUAGUUUAAGGGAAAUGUCAAAGUACUGUAAACAUCGUUCACAUUACAUUGCACACUUAAUAUUGGCUUUUUUUAACGCUGGGCCGUUGUGCCACUCCCACCUAACAAGCACUUUUCACCUGAACAGCGGCUCUGACCAUCAGUCACUUUUGUAACGCAUGAGUCUUCACACUUGAUGUCUAUGUUGUGAUUUUGGUUUGCUGACGGUAUGUGAGUAACGUUCGUUUGCUUUUUUUUCUAAUAUCCGUUUCUUUGUCUGCCUACAGUUGUUAUAGUCUAAGGGUAAUUUGUCCUUUUUAUUUUAAAUUUGACUGUAAAGAUGUUUAUUGCACUGUUGUACUGCCAGUGUCCAAUAAUGUACAUUCAUAAUAAAAUGCUAUACAUAU